AUGGAAUCUCUUGCAUCUCGCCCAAGCCGCAGCAUGGCAAUCGACUCCCUGCUUAACCCCCCAGCAGCGGAGCCCGAGAAACCGGCCUCAAAACUACACUAUGGGCCCGGCCCCUUGACCCCCCAAUACUCGCCUCUCUACCCACCAAGUCCAAACCAAUACUACUACAGCUUCUCUGAAAGCCAACAGCUUCACCAAAACCAACAUCUCCACCAUCACCACCACCACCACCAUCACCACAGCCCCUAUAGCCAACAUACUCCGUCAUCCCAGGACCACCCCUCAUUCAUGUCCUACCGCCCACGCUCAACAGACUCCUCACCAGAAGCGUACCCACGAGACCGCUACGACUCCGUCUCAAGCAGCUCCAGCACCAACAAUGGUGUUUCAGGGGACCGCCGCCGGCCCCCGCGGCCAAAGUACGAGGAAGAAGAAAUGUACUUCAUUUGGUACCACCGUGUCGACCUCUGCCAGGAGUGGAAGGAAGUCCGCGAGAGCUUCAACUGCCAGUUUCCGAGCCGCCAGCGCCGCGGGUUCCAGGGCAUCCAGUGCAAAUUCUACCGCUUCAUCAAGGAGAAGAAGUGCCCGACGCUCCGGGAGCAGCGGCGCAUGCGCGAUGGCGAGUUCCUGCGCCAGGAGUCCAGCCCGAGCUUUAAUGGUGGUGCGCCGCAGUUUGGCGUUGUCGAAUGGAUGGGCGUUUGGUAUCCGUGGAUGAGGGAGGAUCGGGAAGAGGUUAUGAGGAGGCGGUUGUCGAGGUGA